AUGACCCAUCGACGACCAAGCCACCGAGCCUGGCCAAAUCGGCCGUGCUUGCCGCCCUCGAGGAGGAGGAACGCGAAAAGUCUCGCGGCACUGUUGGCUUUGGACGUCAAAGCCGCUCCCGGCAACCAACCCGAUCGACCGAUGUCUCGUCAGCCGCAACGACCUGUAUUGACCGUGAAACCGUUCUCAAGAUUAAUCGUCGUCCGCUUCAGCGACGGCACCGGUCGUGCGACAACGUUUGGCCACCGCGAUCACUGUGCAUCGAGGAAACGCACCAGCGUGAUCCAUCCCCGGCCGAGAUUAGAGAUUAAAAUAAUUGCACUUGCAGACCGAAUCAACCGUCCCGAAGCGAAACUGUCUCCGGUUAACCUAGCAGCAACAUUUACCGCAUCACAUCCAACGUACAGGGCUGCCAAUCCGGCAAUUUACCCUCCGCCGACACUAAGUUCUGCUCGUGACGGGUUCCCACCAACGGUUGACCUUACCGAUGGUGAUAAUGAUGUCACCGGUUUAAAGCAUCCUCAAACCCAGAUAUAUCCAGACAGCUGCACCGCAUCGGACGAUGAAAGAACGCAUCGGGCAAAAGCGAGUCGAUCGUUUCGGAAUGUUUUCCACUCACCUGGUGUCCAUGUUGUACCUUGCUCGCCGACGGAACCGACACUGCACCAAAGCAGUAACGUUGAUGUUGAUUAUUUUAAAACAAAUUUCACGGAUGAUAAAACACCGGACGUCAACGCAAACAGAGCGCGCAAUUUCGAUGAAGAACCGAAUAAAUACGACACCCAAACACCGCAGGCCAAAUCAAUCGACCCCGACCGUACGUCGCAGGAGCGUCGCCGUUACGGCGCCGAAAAUAGACCGGAACGCGGUACCGGCACCGAAGACAAGCCGGUACAACCGCGCAUGAUUAGUUUCACCGAUGGUGAGUUUAUUUUUGGCCCGUUCGACGAGCGGUCGCUGGAAUUCGGACGAUUUGAAUUAUUGAGCGAUAAACUGGGGGCGCGAAAAUCUCCCGCUGGGACCGGUGCGAUGCUGACAGCAGCUGCCACUGAUGAACGUCCGCAUUGGGCAACGGUUGCCGAGGAGCCCAAGAUCACCGACCCGACGUACAUCAGCGCCGAUGAGCGUUCGCGCCAGUCGACAUUAUCAACAGGCCCGCAACCAGCACAAGGUGAAGCGAUUGAGGUGGAAAAUAGCGUACCCGAGGACGUUAAAUGGAAAAUUGCUUCGCCCCGCAUCGACAGCACCCAGUCACCCCAGCUUCACCCCGAAGACUACACCCGUUGGGCACGGUUCGAAAAUGGAAAUAUAAGCCCGCCGCCAUCGGAAAAUGAGCUGACCGCAGAUAACCACAAACAAUCGCCCCAUACCGAGGCACCCUCCAAACGGCGAACGCGUGGUGAAGAAAUUGAGGACAUUUUUCAGCAGCUAAACCACACGCUGAAAGCAAACGCAUCGAAGGCCGCGUCUGUGCCGCGCGAUGGCGGUGGCGAAGACACGGCCACGAGAACGACGCUCGGCCAACUGGUGGAGAAUGUGCCCGUGAUCGAACGCAUACUGGACGAUUUGUUGACCUUCUCGAAGCAGCUGCUAGAACAGAAGCAUUACCUCGAGGCGAAAGAAUCGAUCGAUGAUGCAAACGCAGUAGAAGACGCUGUCACAAAGCUGCCACCCGAGAAUCGUGGCCCGGCACAGCGAGCGGAGAUAAAUGAUGAUAAUUUAAUUAAUUUAUUAGCCCCCGGCAAUGAGGUGGACGAGCAAGAAGCUUCCGACGACGACGGGCGAAACGUCCGGGGCGAUAAGUUGCCCAAUAGAGACCUCCGCGACCGUGGCGCUCAUGAAGGACCGGGCGCCUCCAUUGGAGGGGACGAAAAAUCGGCAAACAAUGACGCGAACAGCAAUCAACCGGGUGACUUUAGCAGUGGUCCCGUUCCACUGCCCGAGGAUGAUUGCAGCUACCAGCAAACCGAGCAGGAAGACCUGUUUACCAACGUGGCCAUCUUCAACUGGAACCCGCUGGACGUCUAUCAACAGCACGGGCUGUUUAUGAUUGAUCCCCGGUUCGCUUUGGCAGACAUGCGUGCCAUCUCACCCGUACCAAUGCUCCCGUCGUUGCAGCCUUCAAUCAUACCGCUUCCCACCGUACCGGAGGAAACGGAUACUGCUGCUGCUGUCACUAACGAGCACGCGAUUGCUAUUCACCGAAGCGCUCAAGUACCGGGCGCCUCCAUCGAGAACCAAUCAGCAAAAAAUUACAACCCGGAGACGGAAUGUGAGCGCUCGCAGAGCGACGGAAUUGUAAGCACUUUGCACACUGUUGCCGCAACUGCACCGAAGACGCCUGUACCCGAUUGGAAAAUGGACGCUUGUCACAAUUAUUGUUCGCCGUGUGUUGAUCCCAUGGCAACUGCCGGCUCAUCGUCCACGGUGGGCUGUCGGCCUGGUGACAAUGUAGAUAAGAUUGUGCAAAUGAAUCAGGUGUUACAUUUCUAUGACUCUAGCCACGUUCACUAUCCCCUCGGACAGGAUGCUCCGGACCAGGAAAGUGGGCAGCAAUGUGAACCAGCUGCCCGUUCACCAACACUGACCAGCGCAACAACCGACGAAGGUUUGAAGCGCGUUGCUUGGCCUCCACCAGCCGAGGGCCCUGAGUACGAGGUACAUCCAUCACAGCAGAAACAACACGCGGUAGGUCAGCAAUUCCCGCCGCAGCAGCAGCAGUUCCAGCCGCAACAAUUCUACCACCAAACGAACCCUCAACAGCAGCAGCAGCAGCAGCAGCAUCAGCAGCCGGCUUAUCAGCAAACGAGCUUUCCACCACAGCAGCACCCGCACCAGCCGGUGGAAAGAAUCGUUCCCAUUCAAAGGCUCGGACCAGUGUGUUGA